AUGGCGCUGCAGCAGCACUUCCAGCCAUUUAAACAAUUCCAAGAAAUUAAAAAACAAAGUUGCUGCAGCAUCAGAGUUAUUCGCCUCGUUGCCGAGAUAUUCGAACUCGUCAUAGAUGCAGAGCAAAAGCUCGAAGGCCUUCGGGAAAUCUUCAGCGAGAUGGACAUCUUUGGGGCGCUGCAGCAACUAGGACUGGAGAGCGAGGGUUGUUUGUCUCUGUCUUCUUUGAGGUCUCUUUUGUCUCUUUUUGGAUUUUUUGCUGCUGAAGAAAAUCUCCAAAAGUUUCUUUUCUUUUGCACCGGCAGCAAAAGCCAAAGAGUUCCCAUCAACGAACUCAUCUACGCCAUCGCCAACAGGCCCACCAGCUAG